AUGGCAGACCCCAACACACAAAUGAAUACUCGCGCCCAACGCGAAGCAGACUACGAGCGCUUCAAGACCUACGCCGCGACCGGAUUCCUUGUUGCUGCCCCCGUUGCUUUCUGUGUCUCUGCAAACCACAUCACGCGCGAGCGCACAGGGCGGAGUAUUGUUGAUCGCAUCGAAGCGCGGAUUACGACCCGUCCGGCAGUCCUGCGGGAACUCCCCAGCGAGCGCGCGCAAGAGAUUCAAGCACGACUAAGGGCUGCGCGGGAGGCGCAGAUGAAGGAGGCUGUCGGGGAGGAAUUGGAGAAGUUGAAGGCCCGCGAGGCCCAAGAGCAGGGUGUUGUGCAGCGGGUUUGGAUGGGCGGGGAGGCUCCCGGUUGGAUGGAGAGGAGGUUGCAGGAGGAACAGAAGGCGUUGGAGGAGGGCAAGGGGUAUGGUGAUUUGAUUUCAAGAGCACAUCUGGGAUGUGUGGAAUUGGGGAAAAAAGGAGGAGGAGGAAGAAGAUGA